CACGUACACUAUAAUUUAUCCUAAUUUAUCGAGAUUUUCCAGACAAAAGAAAACACGUGUGUGAUUAAUACCUAACAUGAUAAAUUGUGUAACAAUUUUGCGUUAUAGUGGCACAAACGCGUUGUACCAAUCGGUAUAUAAGGGUGAAUCUUCUUCGGGGUUGGUUUAGAUGUGUUCUAACUGGCGUUCGUCACGUGAUUCUCUUUGCAAUGCUUGUGAUGGAAUAAUGUUAAAGCAUCUAGGAACGAAUCUUUUUCACUAAUAAUCUUUAAUCGCGAAAAUCUCACUUCAUUUCUUAAUAAAAUUAAAUCAUGUUAAUCGAAUGUAACGUUUUCGUAUUGUUAAAAUAAUAAUCAUAAUAAAAAAAGAAUGGAGAAGAAUCUGUACAAACAGGUGUUGUAUGUGAGCGCAAAGUUUCUAAUAAUCGCAGUGAUUUCUCAAACAUUGGGUUCGGUUAACGUGUCACCAGACAAUUAUGAAUAUCCUCUGAAGGUUUACAACGUCGGUGUUCUUAUGGCUUCCCAUUUGAACAGUCCUUUCGAUCUCGAGAGAUGCGGGCCAGCCGUGGAUCUGGCCUUGACCGAGGUAAACGAUUUCUUAAGCAUCCACAACGUGAAAUUGCGCAAGGUUCAAGAAAGUUAUCCAUCGUGCAGCGGAGCCGCAGCACCAGGUUUGGCGGCCGACAUGCACUUCCGGGACAAUGUGAUCGCUUUUAUCGGUCCAGCUUGUGCUUUCGCUCUUGAACCCGUGGCACGACUUGCUGCUUAUUGGAAUAUUCCUAUAAUUACCGGAAUGGGUGAUCAACCGCCAUCAGAAGGGGAAUUAUCUGUAACAUCGGGCAUUCUCGGAAGAAUCAAUAAAUGGAGAAACGAAAGCUCGGGAAUAUUUAAAGACAAGAGCAAGUAUCGAACAUUAACAAGAAUGUCCUAUUGUCAAUGUCGACUUCGAUUGGUAUUCUCUAGUAUUUUUAAAGAAUUUGGAUGGUCCCAUGUGGCGUUAAUAUUGGACAGAUCAGAUUUGUUCUCGUGGACAGUUGGAAAAAAUUUGGAAUAUGGUUUGAGAAAAGAGGGAUUGUUAAAAUUUGUGAGAGAACUAGAUGGAAAUUUUGAAGAUGAGUCGUACCAUUUUUACUUACGCGAUGCUAGUAUGUAUGCAAGAGUGUUGAUUCUUAGCGUUCGAGGAACUCUGGUCAGGAAGUUCAUGUUGGCUGCUCACGAUUUGGAAAUGACGAAGGGAGAUUGGGCAUUCCUUGAUGUUGAAAUAUUUCAAGGAUCUUAUUGGGGUGAUCACGAUUGGGAAGUUGGUGAUGAGGACGAUACCAUUGCCAGAAAAGCCUAUGAAGCAUUGCUCAGAGUAUCUCUUUUGCAACCAACAAGUCCAAGAUUCCAAGACUUCGCCGACACUGUUCGUCAAAGAGCUCAAACAGAUUAUAAUUAUUCUUUCUCCGAAGGAGAAGAAGUGAAUUUUUUUAUCGGAGCUUUUUACGACGGUGUAUAUUUACUCGGAAUAGCAUUGAACGAAACUUUGACUGAGGGUGGAGAUAUCAGAGACGGUAUAUCGAUAACAAGGAGAAUGUGGGAUCGAGACUUCAUUGGUAUUACAGGACACGUCAGGAUCGACGACAAUGGAGACCGCGACGCGGACUAUAGUAUCCUGGAUUUAGAUCCUAUUACGGGAAGGUUUGAGGUGGUGGCGCAUUAUUUAGGAGUAAAUCGUGAAUAUAGUCCCGUAAUUGGGAAGAAGAUUCAUUGGCCUGGAGGAAGAGAAGGUCCACCAGUGGAUGUGCCCGAAUGUGGAUUUCUUGGGAAUGAUCCUGCAUGCACGUCGACUGAAGCAUAUACUUUUGUCGCAUAUACUAGCUUGGCACUUGUUGUGUUCCUCCUUGUUGCUGUUACCGCAAUUUGUGUACUAUACAGACACUUAAGAGUAUCAGCUGAUCUGAACAACAUGUCUUGGAGAAUUAGACCAGAAGAAUUACUUUUGGAAAUAGGAAAACCUUUCUCUUCAAAAAUUAAUUUACACCAAGCGAUUGCUGAGAAUUUCGGAUUGGAACAACGUAUUCGUCGAGGAUCGCAAUUUAGCGGUGGAUCUUUACCUCCGACCACUGCAUUCACAACUGUUGGAAUUUACAAAGGAGAAAGAGUAGCUAUAAAAAAAAUUACUAAAAAGAAAGUGGUUGAUGUCACAAAGAAAUUAUUAUGGGAAAUUAAACAAGUACGAGAUGUUACUUCAGAAAACACUGUUAGAUUUAUUGGUGCAUGUUUUUGUUCUCCAUCACCAACGGUUUUAAUCUUGACAGAAUAUUGUCCUCGAGGUUCCUUGAAGGAUGUAUUGGAGAACGAUGCCAUUAAAUUAGAUUGGAAUUUUCGAAUGUCUUUGAUCCACGAUAUUGUGAAGGUAGAGCAGGGAAUGUCUUAUCUUCAUGCUAGUGAGGUUUCAGCUCAUGGAAAACUUCGAUCUUGUAACUGUCUGAUCGAUGGUCGCUUCGUUUUAAAAAUUUCAGACUUUGGUCUUAAAACUCUUACUAUUCCUUCUGAUUUAAUUAUGGAUGAUAGUUAUUAUACUAAAUUACUUUGGAUCGCUCCGGAACUUAUACCAUUAACUGUAACACCUGGCAGUGCAGCAACCCAAAAAGGGGAUGUUUAUAGUUUCGCGAUCAUUUUAGAAGAAAUUGUAGUUCGUGGUGGCCCAUAUGAAUCUGUGAAAUCAUUUAUAACUUCUCAAGAGAUUGUUAGCCGCGUCGCAGCAUCAGAAACCCCACCAUUCAGACCGGAAGUGGCACCAAAAGAUUGUCCACCGGAUAUUUUAUCCCUUAUGGAAAAAUGCUGGAAUGAAAUUCCAGAAGAACGACCAACAUUUCAUGCAAUUCGUGAAACUAUACGUGGCAUUAUGAAAGGUUACUGUGAAAAUUUAAUGGAUGAUUUAUUAAGACGUAUGGAACAAUAUGCAAAUAAUUUAGAAGCUCUCGUGGAAGAAAAAACAGAACAGUUAAGCUUAGAAAAAAGACGUAGUGAAGAACUUCUUUAUCAAGUGCUUCCAAGACAAGUGGCUUGUCAACUGAUGGCCGGAGAACUCGUUCAACCAGAGCAAUUUGAGUGUGUGACAAUUUAUUUUAGUGAUAUAGUUGGCUUCACAGCUCUCUGUGCACAAAGUACACCAAUGGAAGUUGUGGAUUUUUUAAACGAUCUUUAUAGUACUUUUGAUCGUAUCAUCGAAUUUUAUGACGUUUAUAAGGUGGAAACAAUAGGAGACGCAUAUAUGGUAGUAUCUGGUUUGCCAGAAAGAAAUGGCAAUGAACAUGCAAGGGAAAUUGCUUUAAUGGCUUUAGCAAUUCUCGAUUCUGUACGUUCUUUCACUAUAAUGCAUAAACAAAAUGCACAAUUAAGUGUUAGAAUUGGUGUACAUAGUGGACCAGUCUGCGCGGGUGUAGUUGGGCAAAAAAUGCCACAUUAUUGUCUUUUUGGUGACACAGUAAAUACUGCAUCGAGAAUGGAAUCUUCAGGUUUACCACUACGUAUACAUAUUUCUGAUGCAACAAAAUGUAUAUUGGAUAAAUUUGGAACAUUUGAUUUGGAACUCAGAGGCGAAGUGGAAUUAAAGGGCAAAGGACAAGUCACUUCUCACUGGUUAAAGGGUUGCUCUGAACCAGAUCCAAGACCACCGACACCGAAAUAUCGCAAACAUAGUGUCAGUACACCAGAAAAUAAUUUAAAUCCUUUAAUUUUCCCACCUAAUAAUAUAAAUGGUCCAAAAACCAAUAAUAAUACUUUCAUUAAUUUAUCAGAAUUACAACAAACCGUCUAAUUUUUAUAAUUAAAAGUAAAUAUAAAAAAUAUAUGUAUUAUUCUAUAGUAAAUGUUCUUAUAAUUUAAAUAUUAAACUAAAAAGUCAUAAUUAUAAUAAAUUUAUUUAAUUUUUUUCUAUUACAAUAUGUCAAUUUUGAAUGUUACAUUAAUAACAUUUAAUUUAUAAGUAAAUAGAAGAAUCUGUAAUAGCUUUUGUCGACAGGCAUGUGCAUUAAAUUGUUCACUUUAGACAAUAUAAUUAUCCGAAAUAUGUAAUAUUUUUUCUCUAUGUUCUCUGUAUAAUUGUUCUAAUUAUUAAUAUCGAUGCAAUUUAAUACACUUGUCUAACAACAAUGAUUUACAUAAAGCUCAAGUGAAUUUUAGACAGUUAACAAAAAAAAAUUUCUCAAUAAAAAUAAAAAAACAAAAUUAAACAUUCUACAUUUUUCGAAAAUUACAUUUGCUAUAACUGUGACAUACUAUUUGCGGUUUCAACGCAGUGUAACAUUUUUCUGAAUGUAAUAUGUGUAUAGACUACAGUAGAAUUAGCAUCUUUGUUUUUAUUGUUAAACACUACUAAUAGUCGGUUAUAAACCGUUGUGUGAUCUAUGUUCUUAUCACUGUUAAAUCUAAAAAGUUGUGUCAAUUAUAAUUCAUUCUUGAUAAAAUCUUGAUAACAGCAAUUGUUUUGUGGAACUACUUGGAUGCCAAAAACAUUAUUAGUCUGAAAUAAUAAAUAUAGUAUGAAAGUAGAUUUUGUAUAUUAAAAAUUUUUUUCUUCUUGGGAAUUUCUUAAAAAUUUAUUACAUAUACGUAUUAUUUAUUUUCUUACCUGAAACUAAUAGCUCUUGCAGCAAGCAGUCUAUUGCACUCUGCCGUAUCAGGUAAAGGUAAAGGUAAAUAAGGACUUUCGUUUUCUUGAUCGGUGAAUUCGAAUUUAUGUAUUCUUGGUUGUACUUUCAUAUCUCCGAAAGGUCCUUUCAAUAUCAAAUAAUGAAGCGGUAAUGGAUACGUUGUUUUUGUUUUCAAAAUUAACUGUAAUAUAUUUAAAAGUAUAUUAAAAAAUAUAUUAAAAAAAUACUUUUACAGAAUUUUUUUUAUGUAUGUUGUUUCUACAUACUUGAUAAGUCAUAUCUCUUUCUGAACUUUGUGUAGGAUCACGUUGACUAUUAUUGAUCCUAGCUUUUACAACCCAUUGAUUGUUAAACGCCGUAAAACGAGAAGUUUCAUAAAAUAAUUUAUGAACAAACUCGUCCGUGCGAUAUGGCUUCAUUUGUAAAUCUAUAAAAUACGAAAUUCUACAGAUAACUCGUAUCCUUUAUUUUCCAUGCCUCUAUUAAAAUGAUGAAAGAAGCAAAAUCGAAUAAAAAAGAAUUUAAUUUUUUAAAUAUUUCUAAUGACAUAUAAAAAUAUUUAUAUAAAUAAUAUUUUAAUUCAGAUAAUUUUAAUAAACAUUGUUCCUGUUGCUGCUAAAGCAAAAGACAAAAUAAAAUAUUUUUCGUAAUAUUUUUAUCUAAACAAGAUAUUAUAAUAAGAAUUUGAGAGCCUUAAUACACGAGAAACAGAUACAGACCGUUAAAUGUGAUUUUCUCGUAGGACAAAAGAUCAAAGACAUUGUCAUACAGCCUACGUUCUUCAAGAGUACGAGCAUCGAUAUCACGUAGAGCUUCCAUGACAUCUAGGCCCGAACGAUGUGGAUGUACACAAUGUGCCUCGUGUUCUGGACGUUCGUGAUUUGGUCCACGCCAUGGACAACCGAUUCUACUAUAUUUGCAACUUGAUAUUCUACGUAUACAUAAAAAAAAUUAAUAUAACUUUAUUUUUUUAAUUCUAUUUAUUGAUUUUAAUUACCUUUCUUCACACAUGGUCUCUUCAUGACGUUCUAAGGAAUUCCUUGGGAAUUCCUUUGCACAAUAUUGACAUUCUGCUGGCAAUUCAGAUACUGCUUUUUCAACUGCCAAAUUUCGAGAUGGAGAUGUUCUGCUGAUCUCGAUUCUGCAGUUGGGACAUGUUGCCAUUUCAUCUCUUAGCCUGGCAUCUGCGAGGACAUGAGUGAAGCAACCGGCACACAUCAAGUGUCCAUUUGUACACUGUGAACAUUGUUGCAGCAUGUAUUACUAGUAUUCUUAAUUUUAUACUUUUGUGAAGAUAAUCCUAACUUUGUUAAUAAUUUUAUUUCCUGUUUUAUUUAUUACAUAAUUUAUGUACAGCUAUGUGCAAAAUUUAAUUUAUUAUUCUGAUAUAAAUAUUCUGAUAUUAAAUAUAAGAACUAAUUUUUUUUAUAUAAAUUACUUAAUUUUUUAUUUUGCACAAACUGUGAUAUUGUAUUUUUAAUAUAUAUAUAUAUGUACAACCCCUUAUAAAAACAUUAAGCAAACUAGAAUAACAAAACUAAUAUCGUGUAUAUUACCAUAAUUUGAUGUUUUUAAACCUGAAACACAAAAUUGUAAUAACACUAUUAAUAAUUCAAGUAAUCAUAUUGUGAGACCAGUAGGUUUAAAACAAUAUGAAUAUUGCUAAAAGCAAUUGUCAUUUAAUGCUGCCAAUAUUGAUAAUAGAAAGGAAGAGAAAAGGAUAAUGAUGCGUAGGAUAAGUGAAAAAGGGUGUCAUAUGCGAAAUAACUAACUAAUAACCUUUAAGAAUGUUUAUUUUGUUCAAUGCUUUUUAACUAUACAUGUUAUACAGAUUUUCUGGAAAUACGCUUUCUCUCUCUCACUCUCACUCUCUCACUAUUAAUCAUAAUUGAUAAACAUCAGUUCCGCAUGGAUCUACAAUAAAAUUUUUUCCUAGUAACUAAUAUUUGGGUAGUAUCUUCAUUUCGAUUACUUCUUACAAUAAACAUAAUACUUUAUAAUUGGAAAAAAUAUUGUUAUAAUAUAUGCUAUAAAACUAUAAAGAUUUGGUAACUUAAAUAAUUUUUUUUUCUUUGUUAUCUUUAUUUUCUUAAUUGAUUUUAUAGAAAUAUCAAGAAAAAUUAAAUCUCAAAUUGUGUAUUAUGUAUAAAAAUCAAAUGUAUUGUGUAAUAUUUCCGAGUUCACAAAUGCAUGAAUACAACGUUCAAUACCUGUAUACCUUAGUAAAAAUAAAAAGUACAUUAUGCGCUGAAUAGCGCACUAAAUAACUUACAUGUAUGCAUUUUUUUGAUGGGAUAAACGCAACAUUCUUCCCACUGUUUUACAGUUAAUGAAAAUAGUGAAUGUAGAAUAUAUUACAUAUAUAUAUUUCCAUCAAUAGAAUUGAAAGAAAACUAAGAACAAAAUAUAAAUAGAGUACAGAUAGAAUGAAAUGCUAUAAAUUUAAUAACAGAGGAUAUUUUGUAAAUAAACAUUACUAAAAAAUGGGAUCAUUGAUUAGGCAUGCAUACAUACAAUAAUUCUCUUUGAUAUAACUGUAUGUUUGUCGCAUGAGUUAAAAAUUCGCCAUAAAUAGUAAGAAUUAUUUUACAUGCAUGCAUAAAUGUUUAUCAUAAAUGUAAUAUCACCUUUACAAUACAAAUUAUGUAAGAAAAAACACUUAGGCACUAUGUUUGCUAUAAUAUUAAAUAUUUUUUCAAAUUCAUUGCAAAAAAUUAUUUUGUAAAAGCAUGUUGUAUAUGAGGAUGUUUUUUCAUCAUAAUUUACGUAUUUAAAUUUCAUAAAUAUCUUUAAUAAUAAAAUAUAAUAUAAUUUUAUACUGUAAUAUUUAUAUAUAGCAAAAUUAAAGGCUGUUCUUCAUACAUCUGUUUUUUCAAAUGUUGAAUAUCACUCCUAUUAAGAAAAAUAUAUAAUUACCUACCUGUAAUUAUAUUAUUAUUAUCUUAAAAAAAAACAAUGUUGAUAAACAUUUUUUAAGUUUUAAUAAUAAUAAAAAUAACUUAAACUUGUUUUAAAUAUUUAUAAAAUUGAAAUUUAAAAUAAAAUUAUCUGUAUAAUUAUUAAUAAUUAUUUUCCUGCAAUAUUAAAAAAAUAAAAUCUUAUUGUAAGGAUAAACUAUUUAAAAAUAUUAUAAUCAUUAAGAGAAAAGGUAAGAAAAAUGGGCAGAGUGAGAGAGAAAGAAUUUAACACAGAAACAAAGUAGUAUUAAAGGCUGUUGGUAAUUGAUUAUAAAUCAACUCAACUGCAACAUGAAUGAAAUCAGUAAAAAAAGUAUAUAUUACAAAAACAAGUGAAUGAUAAACUAUAUAAUAAUAAUAAUUUUAAAAUUUUCUAUUCUUUUUUCCAAACAUAUUUUCUAUCAAAAUAUAUUUUCAUUUUUGUGCUCUUUUUAUUUUAUUUUUGUAAUUUAGAUUGUAUAAAAAUUAAAUAAUAAAAUAUCUUAUAAUAAAUCAUCAAAUAACAUUAUAAACUAUAUUCCACUACGAUUGACGUAAAUACUUUUUAUAUAUGUAUAUGUAUGUAUAUACUUGAAUGAGUUUUAUAUAUACUACUGAGAAAUACAAUCAAAAACAACAAAAGACUAUUUCAGGUGAAAUAUCAACAAAUUGUCACAGUGCAUAAUGUGCGAUCAAAGAUUAAUAAAGAAUAGGUAUUCAUUUCGUUUAGUUAUAUCCAUACGUACGUAUGAUAUAUAUAUCGCAGCAAACGACGAAGUCACCCAUCAGCCUCGGGUGAAAAUGUCGGAUGGAAAGAAACGACGUCGUUAGAAGAACGAUCGUCAAGGCAUGUUAAAGUCAUAGAAUAUCGAUCGAUAAAACGUAUAUUUGUAAAUUCAUACCAACGAAAUUUAUAAACAACUUAGAAAAUAUUGAAAGAAAGAUAUAAGAAACUUACCUGAUAAACGGCUGCCUUGGGUAAAUCGAGACAAACUGCGCAGCAAAGGAUGCCGCCCAAGCGGUGUUCCAAUUUUUGCUCGGUUUUUCCAUCGUUCCGUGACACUUUACGACGCUUUUUAUCUGGUUCAAGAAAAUCCUCUAUUUUUUCAAGAUCGUCGCGAAUUGGAGUGGCCGUAGGGGCCUGCUCCGAAACGCUACUCGACGAUGCAGCUUCGUUGUUCGGGUCCGCCAUAUUGAUUGUUUUGAUUUUUCCUCCGAACGAACGUGAGAAAUGCGCAGAUGUCAAACGCAGACCACGUAAUAGUCUCCUAGAUAGGGACAACACCGAUCCGAUACUUGUUCGUAAUGUUAUCGAAUCGGUCGAUGUCUCGUUCAAGGUUAAAAGCCAAAACAUGUAAAAAUUUUCAUGAUAUUCAAUUAUUUUACUAAUUAGUUUUACAAAAAUAGAAAGAAAUAGCUUUGUUUUUAAAAUGGGACCCGCUAAAAUAAACUGUUUCAAUAAACCGUUCCUAGAAUUUGUUACCAUUUA